AACGUGGUUCCCAAGAUAAAAUGAACGUGGGCGUCCUCUCUCAGGUGAGGAGGUACUUCAAAGUUCAAAGUACAAAGUCCAAACCCUUCAAAAACAGGGGUGGCAUGACUUCAACACCCGCGAUACGGUACCAAGCAAGCAAGCAUCGUUUGAGUAUCCGAAGGUAAAAAAGUCUGCGUGCCCACAACAGAAGACGAUCUUUUGGGCCCAAAUUCUCUGUCUCUUCUUCGGAUUUGGAUCUCUCAAUCCAAAAUGAGCUUGCAGUUGCUAUAGAAUGAUUAGUCGGUGGUGGCCUCGACCUGAGUUCUGUUAUUGCAUUUUAUUUGGAGAUUGACUGUUAUGAGAGGUGCACAAUGUUUCCUGGCAGUGGAUGAACACCCGUCUAUGAGUGAGGAUGGGGAUAUGAUGGAGAGUUCUAAUGGAAAAGAGUUGCUUACAACUGAAGAAAGUUCUGAUAUUGAACCAUAUGUGGGUAUGGAAUUCGAAUCUGAAGAAGCAGCUAAGGUGUUUUAUGAUGCAUAUGCCACGCGAUUGGGAUUCAUCAUGCGUGUUGACGCAUUUCGCCGAUCAAUGCGUGAUGGAAAGGUUGUUUGGCGUCGACUUGUGUGUAAUAAAGAGGGUUUCCGUAAGUUGAGGCCUAAAAGAAGUGAAAAUAGAAAGCCUCGGGCAAUCACAAGGGAAGGGUGUAAGGCAAUGAUAGUGGUGAAGAAAGAGAAAACUGGAAAAUGGCUUGUAACGAGAUUUGUAAAGGAGCAUAAUCAUCCACUGGUAGCUACACCUGCUAAUGGGAGAAGAAGUGUGCUUCUAUCUCAAACACCAGUGGAGAACCAGAUCUCUAAGAUGAAAUUGCCAGAUUGUUUGUGUUCAGAAAGAUUAUUCUGCUGCAGUCUUAUUUUUUCAAUCAUAUUUGAAGUGCAAUGGGGCACAUUCCAAUUUCCAAGUACACAGGAAAGAGAAAAGAGGAAAUGCCCAUCUAAGGGGAAGAAGAAGAAAAAGGAAAGGACCAUGUUUCUUUACUUCCAAUGCUCAACUUAUGUUCCAACUUUGCAACUGAAUUUAGUCUUUUUUUUCCUUCUUGAAUUCAAACUAUGAUUAAGCAAUGCUUUCCAAUCUAGCGUUACAUAAACUUUUCUUACAAUACUUGGUUCUUAUUUUUGAGUUGUGGGAGGUUGGUAUUGUUCUCAGAAUUAGCAAAAAAAUAGGCAGGACUCUGAGGAGAUCUGGAAAACCUGUUUGUUGAACUGUUUUAUAUAAAAAGCCAUCCGUUGCAGAGCGAAUUAGAUCUUAUUAUGUUACUUCUUUAUCUUCUUUAAGUGUUACGUUCAAUUUGUUUUUAAAUGGAAUUUGUGUAGAGGAAACAUGAACUGCAGCUGCAUUAGUUGUGCAUCCUCUUAUCGUUUCACUGAUUUGGCAUCUUCAGAUGUGUCUGGAAGCCCUUAUAGUCGUCAUCAGGGUGAAAAUCUAUGAUGUCUUAGGCUUAGUAAUCCUAGUUCUCCAAUAUUCCAGUAUACCCUUUUUUUUCAAGCCCAUGAUUUUUCCCAAGCAUGCAUUUUCACUAGAACAUCCUGCAUAGGCAUUGCUCUUAUAUAUGUCCCAUGUACUUGCGCUCUUGAAUAUUCUUAUGAUCAAUUAAAUCUUGUCUACCGAUCAAAAAAAAAAUCCUAAGCAUGCAUUUGAUGGAGCAAUUAGAUUGUGUGCAUUUGCUUUGCAUCUUAAAGAGAUGAAAGAGAUUAAAGAAUGAGAAUUGAUCUGUCAUUGGAAGGUUAAAUUUCUUCUAUAAAGGUAAUUUAUGUAUUAGUGGUUUUACAUAUG